AUGUCGAAGAUACUCGAUAUGUCGAAAAUCGAACGCCAUUCAAUGGAAAGAGAAGAAAUUACGGACGAAAUCAAUGUCGAGGCCUCAAAUCCGACGAAGUCAAAGAAAAUCAUCGAUCGAUAUUUCGCCAUUCCAUGCGGAGAAAAAUCGAAAAUCUCGGGAGAUAAAUCUCGGCCAUUGAAGUCGUCGACACAGGUACCCACAUUGAAUUCAGUCGAGAAAAACGAUAUGUUGGAGAGUCAUCAUAAUGAGAUGUAUAAUUUAGUGAAAAGAAGAAAGAAAGAAAAAUGGGAGGGCAAUGAUGUAAUUUUAGAGGUUGAGAAUAGUGAUGAGAUGAAAGAGAUUGAAAGAAAGAGGUGUAAUUUUGUGAAGGGAGAUGUUGUUUGGGCAAAAUACAAGAAUUUCCCAACUUGGCCAGCUAUUGUGAUUGAUCCCAAUUUGCAAGCUCCUCAACAAGUACUAAAGGCUCAACUUCAAAGCACUAUUUGCGUGAUGUUUUAUGGGUAUUCACGGAGUGGUCAAAGGGAGUAUGCGUGGAUAAAAGCAGAAAUGAUUUUUCCCUUCCUUGAAUACAAGGACAGUUUUCAGGGGCAGACUAAGUUGUACGGCAGUAAAUCCAGUAAUUUUAAAAUGGCAAUUCAAGAGGCGAUUUCAGCUAUAAAUGAACGCAAUAAUUCAGUGAGAGAUGCUGAUUCUGAUCUAUCAAUUCCGGAGUCGGAAUAUUCCGUUGUAUGCAAUGGCGUGGAAGGGAUUUACUAUCCGAUUCUACGUUUGGUUGAAUGCAUUUGUGGAUCAUGUGGUACAAAGAAAUACGGGCUUAACGAGUGGGAACGACAUACCGGAAGUCGGGCCAAGAAAUGGAAGAGUAGUGUAAAAGUGAAGAGCACUAAGCAAACACUUGGAGAUUGGUUGGAAGAGAACAAUGUCUGUGGUUUAAACCCAAUGCGGUUAGAUAAACAACAAUUGUUUGCUCUUCUAAAAGAAAAGUAUGAGCCUGUUAAUGCAAAGUGGACAACUGAACGAUGUGCAGUUUGUAGAUGGGUUGAAGACUGGGAGAAUAAUAAAAUAAUUAUAUGUAACAGAUGUCAAUUAGUUGUGCAUCAAGAAUGCUACGGAGCAACAAACUCUCGAGAUUUCGCUUCGUGGGCGUGCAUUAUUUGCAAGCAAAUUCAUGGUUCUUGUAUUCAUUGCUGCAAGUGUGCUACAUAUUUUCAUGUUACGUGUGCUUCUCGUGCUGGAUAUUUCAUGGAAUUGGAUUGCUAUUUAAAGAAUGAAAAUGUGCUUGUUGUCAACACACCAGAUGGGGAUUUUACUAACAAAAGGUUCCUUAAAAGUCAGUAUGAAGAACAAUAUUUAAAAGGAUCUGAUGUAUCUCCCAAUGAUAAGAUCGGGCAAGACUCGAUAGUUCACCGCGUGAUGGGGCCGAGUCAUCACUCACUGGAUGAUAUAUAUAGAUUAAGUUCACAUAAAGCUUCUGAAGACACUACGGAUUUCUUAUCAUUAAGAAAACGACUGAAUCACUUACAGUUCUUUAAGAUCAACGAAGAGAUAGUAAUCGAUGCAACAAAUAAAGGGAAUUUGUCCCGCAUGCUUAAUCACUCUUGCAUGCCCAAUUGCUAUGCCAGAAUUGUGAGCGUAGGAGAUGACGAGAGUCGCAUAGUUGUUGUUGCGAAAACUAAUGUUUCGGUUGGUGAAGAGUUAACGUCGAACCCAAUAGCUGGUCUGGAUCGAUGUCGAUUGCUCGAUUUCACCACCGGAUUGGUCAUCUUUCAGACCCUGAGAUGUCCUCACCACGGCCAGAUCCAUACUCUCAAUGCUGACGAAGAAGAAGCAACCAUUAUUUCAAAAAAAAGAAGAAGGAAUGGGAUAAAAGAUUAA